CCUGUGUCCGCGGUGUGUGGUGCAGCUCCGCGGCGUCGGGAGCCAGGCUGCCGUCAGAUGAACUGAGAGAGAACCGGCUGAGUUGCGACCCACCCACCAUGGCUGAAUUCGGGGAGAAGAAGCAGUGCGCCGUCGGUUCGAGCCCGGCGGACCGGGGGGAGCCGGUGUCCAACGGGAGCUGCAGCGGGACCUCGGGCUCGCUGAGGAGGCUCCAGAAGACCUCCAGCUGCGAGUCCCCGGCGUGGGGGACCCCGGGCUCAGACUCAGCAUCCAAGACCAUCCCUCGACGCAGCAGUCUGAUCAAGGAUGGGACACGCGCGGGUCGUGAGAGGAAGAAGACGGUGUCCUUCAGCAGCAGCCUGUCAGAGAAGAAGAUCAGCAGCGCCGCCGACUGUAUCCACUCCAUGGUUGAAGGGAGCGAGCUGAAGAAGAUCCGGCCUAACUCACGUGUCUACCAGCGCUACUACUUGCUGGACGCGGGCCUCCAGGCUCUGUGCUGGGAGCCGUCCAAGAAGGAAUCAGACAAAGCCCGCAUCUCUCUCGCCUCCAUACGAGAGGUCCGGACAGGUCGUAACACGGACACCUUCCGCACCAGUGGAGUUUAUGAGCAGAUCUCCGAGGACUGUGCCUUUUCCAUCAUCUAUGGAGACGUAUAUGAAAACCUGGACCUGGUGGCCAACUCUGCUGAAGUGGCAAACAUUUGGGUGACUGGACUAAGGUAUCUGAUGCAGUAUGGGAAACACGCCCUGGACAUGCUGGCCAGCAGCCAGGACAGCCUUCGUCUCGGCUGGCUCGAGCAGCUGUUCUCCUCGGCCGCUGAUCUGGAAGGCCAGGAAGAUGAGGACGAAGGGAUCCGCUUGCGGUCGGCCGUCAAGCUGAUUCAGAGCGUGAACCCUGGCGUGAGCAGUGGGAAAGUGGAGCACAGGUUUAAAGAGCUGAAAAGAGUUAGGGAGAGGAUGUCCUUACUCUCAUUGGAUAACGGAUCCGCUGGUAAAGAUCAGGUCGAAACCAAAAGACCACUGGGAAAAAUCGAGCAAGUCACCAAGCCGGAGUUUAUCGAGGUCUUUCACGACUUUUGCACUCGUCCAGAGAUCUACUUUCUGUUGGUGCAGUUCUCGAGCAACAAGGAGUUCCUGGACACCAACGACCUGAUGAGGUUCCUUGAGGCUGAGCAAGGCAUGACUCAAGUGAGUGAGGAGACCAGUCUGAAGCUCAUCCAAUCCCACGAGCCGUCGUCGGAAGGCCGGCAGCAGGGGUACCUGUCACUGGACGGCUUUACCAGCUACCUCACUUCAGCGGCGUGCAACCUCCUCGAUGGGGAGCACGGCGCCGUGUGCCAGGACAUGUCCCAGCCUUUGUCCCACUACUACAUUAACUCCUCCCACAACACGUACCUCAUCGAGGACCAGUUCAAGGGUCCCUCCGACAUCUCCGGCUACAUCCGCGCCCUCAAGAUGGGCUGUCGAUGUGUGGAAGUGGACGUUUGGGACGGCCCUGAGGAGGAGCCAGUGGUGUGCACGGGCCACACCCUGUCCCCACCACUGUCCCUGCGUUGUGUGUUGGAAGCAAUUGGACGGUUUGCAUUUGUGGCAUCAGAUUACCCAUUAAUUGUAUGUGUUGAGAACCACUGUUCACUUCAACAGCAGAAAACAAUGUGGAAACACCUCAUGGGAAUACUAGGGGAUAAGUUUUACACAAAUCCCCCUGAUGAAGGGGACUCUUACCUCCCGUCGCCUCAUGUGUUACGGCAUCGGAUCCUCCUGAAGGGUAAGAAGUUGGGUCCGAGUUCUGACGGUGAGGACGGGGAGGUAAGUGAGGACGAUGAAGGGGCAGAGAUGUGUCAGAGGAUGAAGGCAGCUAAUAGCGGUGGGGCCACGCCCGGAGGAAGUGAGAAGGAAACAUCGCAGAAAAGCAUCGCUCAGUCUCAUCCUCCUCAUCCUCCCCAUCCUCCGUCCAAACAGUUGCAGCUCUCGAAGGAGCUGUCCGACCUCGUGACUCUUUGCCGCUCAGUGACCUUCGCCGACUUCCCGACAUCAUCCAAAAUCCAAAAACCUUGGGAGCUGUGUUCCUUUCACGAGUCUCUGGCCGUGCGUCUCGCUGGCGAAAGCCCCGGAGACUUUGUCAAUCACAACAAGCAUUUCCUGUCGCGGGUGUACCCCAACCCCAUGCGCAUCGACUCGAGCAACAUGAACCCUCAGGACCUGUGGAAGUGUGGGUGCCAAAUUGUGUCCAUGAAUUUUCAGACGGCGGGACUAAUGAUGGACCUGAACACGGCUUGGUUCCGGCAGAACGGGAACUGCGGUUACGUCCUGCGCCCGGCCAUCAUGCGGCAGGAAGUGUCGUAUUUCAGUGCCGACACCAGGGAGACGGUGCCGGGUGUGUCUCCACAGCUGCUUCAUGUGAAGGUGAUCAGUGGCCAGAACCUGCCCAAGCCGAGAGGUUCAGGGGCCAAAGGGGACGUGGUGGACCCGUACGUGUACGUGGAGAUCCACGGCAUCCCGGCCGACUGCACCGAGCGCCGCACCAGGACCGUGACCCAGGACGGGGACAACCCGAUCUUCGACGAGAGCUUCGAGUUCGAGAUCAAUCUGCCAGAGCUCGCCAUGGUUCGCUUUGUGGUGCUGGAUGAUGACUUCAUAGGGGACGAGUUCAUAGGUCAAUACACCAUCCCUUUAGAGUGUCUCCAGCCUGGCUACCGUCAUGUGCCACUCCAGUGUCUGACGGGAGAGGAACUCCCCCACGCUAAGCUGUUUGUCCAUGUGGCCCUCACCAAUCGUAGAGGGGGGGGAAAGCCUCACAAACGGGGCCUGUCUGUGCGGAAGGCCCGGAAGGGAAGGAACUACACAGCUCUGAGGGACCUGGGCGUCCGGGCCGUGGACGAGGUUUUCAAGACGGUUGCUCCACUGCUGAGGGAGGCUACUGACCUGAGGGAAAAUAUGCAGAACUCAGUGGCAGUGUUCAGGGAGCUGUGCGGAGUGUCCGCUGUGGCCAACCUCAUGCAGUGCGUCCUGGCUCUGAGCUCCCGAGUGUCCGGCCCAGACGAGAUGCCUCUGCUGCUGUUUGACCUCCGGGACCAGUACCCCACCCUGGAGCCCCAGGGGCCUCUGCCUGACGUCCUCCGCCGGGUCGUCUCCACCUAUGAACUGAUGGUCCACGCAAGCCGAGCAGUGAUGGAUCUCUCCGAUGGAAUCUACGACAGGAUCCUGCAAAUACAGACAACGGCGAUGGAGUUUCAUGAGAAGCUGCCGAGCCUGGCAGCGAAGGAGGGGCUGAAAGGUCGCAAGGUCAGCCGAGCGCUGGAAAGUUUCAGCUGGAACAUCACUAUCCUUAAGGGCCAGGCCAACCUCCUGAAGCGGGCCAAGGCUGAGGUCCAGGAGAACACGAAGCAGGUCCACGACGCGGCUCUGACCGGAAACCUCAGCAAGGAGGGUCAGGGAGUGACGAGGGUCCGCUCCGUAACGCGAAGAGGCCAGGAGGAGAAGGAGAGAGGAUCCACACCUCUGCUGUAGCUGCUGUGACAAACCCUUCAAAUGUCUCGGAUUCAUAAUGUUGCAGGAAUUAAAUAGCAAGUACCCUGUUUUUUUAAAAGAAGGAAGUUGAUGAAUGUCAUACUUCAAAAACGUCGUAGACGUCAGAGGCCGCUGUGUGGAGGCGGGAAGAGGAAUGACAAUGAAGGAGUUGAAUGUAGUUCGAUUUAAAGCCAAGGUUCAGCUGUUUGUACUGUAUGGAACUGUAAAUACACCAAAUGUUUAUUAUCCUC